AUGCAACUCAUCACCUUCUCCGCCCUCGCAACCGCCUUCCUGGCUGUCUUCGCGGCCGCGAACCCCGUCGAGCUCGAGAAGAAGGAAGCCGACCCGGCCUACUACCGCGAGGCCGAGGAGUACUGGCGCCGUCCCGAGUACUACCGCCCCGUGCACUACGGCCCUGCUCCCGGCGCUGGUAUCGGCAUCGGUGCUAACGCUGAUGCCGCUGCUGAUGCGCACCUCGGUGUUGGUAUUGGCGCUGGUCGUUAA